CCCCCUUGAGUCAAGGGCGGGCGUGCGUGGCUAGCCGGCCAUUUGCGCAUUUGCGUCCCGUUUUCACUUCAGUAUUCCAUAAUGGGCUCUUGCCCCGGCACAACCUCCGCUUCUCCUCUUGGAUCGCCCAAAGCGGCUACACUGAUCACUGCAGCUCCAGAGCAGCCUGUACAUGAUGCUGAGACCAUGUGCCGCUACCCGAGCAAGAAAUGCUGGAACCCACGCGCCCUCAAGCGCAACGGCGAGCAUCACAAUUUGUGCGACUUCCAUCGCCAAAAAGCCAAUAAGAACCAGCGCCGUCUCGAGCUCAAGCGCAAGGCUCGUGCGCAGGCGUCUGCCGAUGCGGAGCCGCUCGGAAAGCGCCUGCGUGCCAAGAAGCCUCGCCAGCGUGCGCGCCGCGCUCCGCUGAGUGCUCACUUGGCCAUGAAAGAAGAGGCGCGAGCCAAGCACCAGGCCGAGGUGAUCAGUAGAGCCAACACGGCCGCAGCUGCUGCCUCUUCGACGGGUUUGACCAGCUGGUUCCUCCAGGAUCUCGUGCUGCUGGACGGCGUCUACGACCGAUCGGAAUUCCAGGGUAAAGGAGAGCAGUCGGUGGUUCCGAUGGCGACGCCCUCCAUUGAGCUGCAGCGUCUACCACAUGUGGUGGAUGAGGAGGUACUGGACCACAUUCUACAGGACGGACAGGCAGACGCUGCCGCGCUCUGCAAGAGUUUGGACACUACUUUAGGACUGGAAGCUUUAUCGUCGCUUCCGGAAGGCAAGACGUCCCCCGUGAACGUCAGUGAGACCUGGGACAACCUUGACUUCGGCGACUAUUGGCUCACACCCAUGCCAUCUGAACAGCCGAUCGUAAGCUCUGACGCCUCAGUGUUCGGCGUGGAUGAAGACGUGUUCGUAGCCGAUGUGUGA